UCCCAGUCUUCCCCUCCGCCGCCGCUCCCCUAAAACCCCAUUCGUUAGGGUUUAUCGCCGCUGCGCGACGCUUCCCUCCCCGCCGCUUCCACCACCCUCUCGAAGCUUCCACUGCUCCACAGCCCCACCCAUAUCAACCCCAACCCCCUCCCGUCUCGUCGCCAUUGAGACGCCGCCGCGCGAAGUACUUGCCGAGCCGCCGCAACCAUGUCGACGUUCUGGGGCGUGGAGAUUAAGCCAGGGAAGCCCUUCACGCUCACCAACAACGACUGUGGCGGUCGCCUGCGCCUCACCCAGGCGACGCUGGGGGAUGAGGUCGUCAAGGGGGAGAAGGGUGCCGGCCGGAAGAAGUGCGUGCUACAGUGCAGUGUCGAGAGCAAGGACCCCGUUUACCUUUGUGCCCUGGUGCCGGAGCAGUGCGAAACAUGCCACCUGGAGCUCGAGUUCGAUGAGGAGGUAGUCACUUUUUCAGUGAUCGGGCAGAGGAGCGUCCAUCUCGUUGGAUACUAUAUCGCUGAUGCGUAUGAGGAAGAUAUGAGGGACAGCGAUGCUGAGAGUGACUCUCUUCAAGGCUCAGAUGAAGAUGGUUUCUUGGAGGAUGAUGAUGAUGAUAAUAACAUGGUUAUGGGAUAUUCAGACAGUGAAGAUGAUUCAGACUAUGAUUCAGAGUCUGAUGAUGAAGAGAUGGAAUACAAUCAGCGUAGGGGCAAAAGUUCAGUUGUUAUUGAGGAAAUUCAAGAGGAUGACAAGCCUUCUGCGGGUGAAGCGCAGAAGGGAUCAAACAAGAAGCAGAGCAGUGAAAAUGGUGACAAGUCUCAACUUCAGCUUGUUGUGAGGGCUCCUGCUACUGAAUCCUUGGAAAGUGAAGAUGAAGAUGGCUUUCCUGUAUCGUUCUCUGAAUCAAAGAAAAGCUCCGAGAGUGCGUCGAAGAAAAAAGGGGGAAAAGAUAAGGAGGCUAGCAAUGAAGACCGGAAAAGGAAAAGUGGAGCCAUUAGCGAUCUUGGCGACUCUUCAGGGGAUGUAAAGGCUGAAAAUGAUGGAGCUUCAAAGAAAAAGAAAAAGACCAAGGACAAAAGCACUGCUAUGGACAACGGAAAGGUAAAUGAUGAUGUAAAGGAGAUUAAGCAACAAGGUUCUCAUGCUGAUCCUUUUAGCGCAAAACAAAAGAAGAAAAACAAGAACACAAGUGUUUCUGAGGCUGGUGUUGUUGAGCAAUCUGCUAAGAAAAACAAUAUUCAGAAAGAUGGCGAGGAGGUAACUUCUCAGGAGGCUAAUAAAAAGAACAAGAAAAAGAAAACACAGGACGCAAACACAAGCGAGAAUCAGUCGCCAACUGCAAUUGCAGAGUCAAAGAACAAGAAGGAGCCACUACAAACACGAACCUUUGCUAAUGGUAUGAUAAUUCAGGAGAUGGUGUUGGGCAAACCUGAUGGUAAAAAAGCCACCAAUGGAAAGAAGGUUGCUGUCAGAUAUAUUGGCAAGCUAAAGAAUGGCACGAUUUUUGACUCCAAUGUUAGUGGAAGACCGUUCGAGUUCAGACUAGGUGUUGGGCAGGUUAUCAAAGGAUGGGACGUCGGCGUCAAUGGUAUGCGGGUUGGUGACAAAAGGAGACUCACCAUACCACCUUCAAUGGGGUACGGGAGCGACAGAGUGGGGAAGAUACCGCAGAACUCAACUCUCAUCUUUGAUGUGGAGCUAGUGAACGUAAAAUGAAGCUGAGGACCAAGAUGGCAUGAAGGUCCAUCAUAAACUGAGGCAGUUUCGCAAGUUUUGGAGCACCGAUUUUCUUCUGCAAUGCUAUUUCAUAGCCGUAGGGACAUGUUCAGUGAAUUCGAUGCCUUCAUUUCUAUUGACAUUAUACUGUAAAACAGGAGCGAUCCUGGCUAAUUGCCGUGUCGCAACAUUUACCCUGCUUGCGCAUGAUCAUACGGCGGUUGAUCCUUUUUGGUCCGUUUUGAUUUGAUCAUCUGCUCUAGUAUCAUAUGAAACCUACUGGGAUGAAUUGAUUAGCACUAUUGGAGUU